AGCACUUUUGACAAUUCCGAUAUUUCUAGAAUGGUUGUUAAUGAAUCAUUCGUUCUACCAAAUCAUGAUGGAACUCUAAGGCCACACAGCUACACUGCAAACAGUGAUCACACAUACUGCUACAUAUUGGAAACGAACAAUCCCCAAAACUUCGAAAAAAAAGAUGUCACUUUUCAGAAAGUUAAAUUGCCAUGGAAUGGCCUGUUUCUAUUCGUGGUUAUAUUUGGUGCGGUUCUGACCGUAAUUCUGACCGCAAUUCUGACUGAGGCUCUCACUUCAAUACAACCAAAGAAAGGCAACGAUGAAAGCAGAGUGAUGUAUUUCUCUAUAUACAAGGGAGAUAUGGGAGAAGAAGAAGUGAAGGUACCAUUAUCACCACGCUUGCAUUCGCGUUCAAGAGCUAAUGGCGACGAAAAGUGCAGCCUUAAAAAGAAUAUCGAGAACACGGGAAAAGCAAUAAGCGAGAUUGCCAAGAGCAAGCCAGCACAGCAAUACAUCUUUAUACUCUAUGGUGACGAUGUGGAAGAAAUUGGACCUUUGAAAGCUCUCGAAGCGCAAAAUACUGUAAAGUCCUUGAGGCCUAAGCCACAAAAUAAUUUUAACCAAACUGGCGCCAUCAAGACAUUCCUCAGUAAAUCUCAGGAUAGAAAGAAGGACAUUUUGGUGCAUUAUGUUCCAUGCAACUUCACGUACAACGCGGAUGAUCCCGAAAUGGAAGUACUCGCUAAAAUGAUAACGAGCGAGACAGGCCUGAGCAAGAAAUUUAGCCUGGUCUGA